UCCGGAAAGAGUGUUAAAGCACAGGUCGGCUGAGUCUUUCGUUCGUUUUAAGAGAAAAGCAAUGAACUGUGCAAUGAAUUUCAAAAACUGCGGCUCUGUUCUAGUAACGGGAGCCAGCCGUGGGCUCGGACUGCAGAUAGUUGACAGCCUGGCGAAUGGAGGUUUCUCACCCGGCAAGAUUAUAGCCACCAGCAGACACCCUGCCAGCGCACAGAAACUUCAGGAACUGGCAGCGAAACAUCCAAACAUCCAUAUCAUUCCUCUGGAUGUCGUGAAACAAGACAGCAUAGAGAAAUGUGUGGAAGAGGUUGGCCAGCUGGUACAAGAAGAUGGUCUAAACUGCCUGAUAAACAAUGCAGGGAUCAACGUGGUGGCUGACUUUAAUACUGUGACCACAGAGAAGAUGAUAGAAAACUUCCAUACCAAUGCUGUGGCUCCUCUCAUGAUCACCAAGGCCUUCCUGCCCUUAUUAAAGAAAGCUGCACAGGGAGGGCAAGGCGGAGGAGGUGCCGGGAGCAUGGGCAUCCAGAGGGCCGCAGUCAUUAACAUGACCUCUCUGCUUGGCUCUGUGGAGCUUAACUGGGGAGAACGGGCCAACAACUUCAAAUGGUACCCGUACAGGACAUCUAAGAGUGCCCUGAACAUGGUGAGCCGCUGCAUGGCAGUAGACCUUGAGCCUGAUGGGAUUCUCUGUAUGGCUAUACAUCCUGGCUGGGUCCGCACUGACAUGGGGGGAUCUGAGGCCCCACUGAGUCCAGAUGAAAGCAUUUCUUCAAUCUUGUCUGUAAUUGGUGGACUGACUGAAAAGGAUCACGGGUCAUUUCUAAACUUUACAGGAGAAGUUUUGCCAUGUUUGUUCUCUGGAAAGCACAGAGUAUUGUCUUACAGCUCAUUUCACAUCCUCCAUUCUGUAUCGUGUCCCAGAUGGUAA